AUGGUCCCUCGCACCAUUCCAGAACCAGGCAGUGUGCCAAACGUCUCCCGUGAUGCCCAACAAACGUAUGAAACUCUCAAAUCCGGCGGAGUCGUCGUCGUCCCAACCGACGUGGGCUACGCGCUCUUGACGAGCACCCCAGCCGGAGUUGAGAGAAUCUUCACCGCCAAAGGCCGUCGACAAGGCCACAAUCUGGGCAUCAUUGGGACGUACCAACAACACCGAGAAAUCCACGUGUUGCCCGAAUCCAAGUUCGAGUUCACCCGCGUCCUGACAGAGGACAUGGGCAUGAUAAUCAGCAUCAUCGCUAAAUACGACCCCACUAACCCGCGCCUGGCAGCCCUGGGCCCGGCCACACUUUCCCAGGUCACCAGGGGCGAUACAAUCGGCAUCGCCAUCCCAGAAGGGCCGUUCUUACGCGAGCUCGGCCGGCUUUGUGAUGCGGACCCGCAGGGCACGUUGAUUUUCGGUUCCUCGGCCAACCUCACCGGGCAAGGGCAGCGGUUCCGCGUCGAGGAUAUUGAACCUGCCGUGCUGGGGCAUGCUGAUUUGGUGGUGGAUUAUGGCUUGCAGAAAUGGCACACGUAUGGCUUUGGUGCCGUCAAUAUCGAUGUUGAAAACAUGAAAGUCUUGAGAGCUGGGGCUGGGUACGAGGUUUUCAAGGACAGAGUCAAGAGGUGGUUCCCCGAAUUGUUGGAGGAAGCAGGCGUAAACCUAGACCAUGUCUGA